AUGAAAAAAUUCAAGGAAUUGAAAAAGACAGGUGAUGGAACAUUUGGAGUUGUAAUAAAAGCUGAAGAUACAUAAACUCAUGAUUUAGUUGCAAUAAAAAAGAUGAAAUAAAAAUAUCAUAAUUUUGAUGAAUGUACUAAUUUGAGAGAAGUUAAAGCUUUAUUAAAACUCCAAAAUCAUCCCAAUAUUGUUAAACUCAAAGAAAGUAUAAUAUAUGAAUAAUUAGUUUUCCUUGAUAAUGAUACUCUAUGUUUAGUAUUUGAAUUUGUAGAAAAAAGUAUUUACUAAAUGUACACUCAAUAAAAAGAAAUGGUAUAAUUUAUUUAUUAAUUUUAGGGUAAAAUUAUUUCAGAAGAUUAAAUCAAAUCUAUUAUCUAUUAAGUUGCUAAUGGUCUAAGUUAUAUGCAUAAACAUGGUUAUUUUCAUCGUGAUCUUAAACCAGAAAAUAUGUUACUCACUAACAAUGGAAUAGUUAAAAUUAUUGAUCUUGGAUGUGCAAGAGAAAUAAGAUCUAGACCUCCAUAUACAGAUUACAUUGCCACUAGAUGGUAUCGUGUAAAAUCUCAAUUAAAAUUUAUAGGCUCCAGAAAUACUUUUAAAGUAGGCCAAUUACAAUAGUCCUGUUGACAUUUUUGCAUUAGGUUGUAUAAUGGCAGAAUUAUUUUUGAAUAGACCACUAUUUCAAGGUAAUUCAGAAUUGGAAUAAUUCAAUAAAAUUCUCUCUACACUAGGGUAUAUUAUUAUAUUUAAAUCUAUUAGAACAUUUACUCAAUAAGAAUGGCCAGAAGGAUGUAGAUUAGUAUCUUAAAUGGGAUUGGCACUUGCUUAAUUUUAACCAUUACAACUAUAAUAAUUGAUACCAAAUGCAAGUACAGAAGCAAUAAAUUUGUUAACUUAAAUGAUUAGAUGGGAUCCUAAUAAAAGAAUAACUGCUGCAUAAAUGUUGACUCAUCCCUUUUUCUAUAAUAUUGAAAAAAUAGCACCCUCUUUGAUUUUUGAAGAAUAAAACAAAUAAAAAGAUGAACUUAAAUUUUUUGAAUCUCAUCAUAAAGCCAAAUCUUACAGUUAAAAGGAUGAAUUUUAAACUUAGUUUAAGCAAAAAUAAUAAUUAUAAUAAAAAAUCAAAGAUGAUGAUAGCAAUGAUUUAGAUGAUAUUCUAGAUUUCAUUACUACUGAAAAUAAACCUAUGCCAUCUAAAUUAACCACUUAAAGUGCAAAGACACUAGACUUUAAUGAAUAUAUUCCAUCAUCAUAAACUCUUAAUCGUUAACCCAGAAAUUUAUAAUCAAGUUAAUUACAAGAAUAAAAUAAAAAAGAAAAUAAUUCUAUUUACGAUUUUAGCCAUUUAUAAAGUUUUAAGCCUAACAAACAACCAAAUUUAAAUUCUAAAUAUUAAUGA